AAACAUACAGCUUUUUGUAAGUGAAUAAUGCACCACAGAUAUCAGAAGAGCAGAGUGCUUACUCCGGAAGAACCAGCAGCAACCCUACUUGUUAUGACUUCAAACUUCUGCCACUUCCCGGCACAAAUGCAUUUAUUAUCGCGAAGCAGCCAAGAAUAGGUUGUAGUUGGGGCAUGCAGCAAACUUGUAUCUGUUCAAAAGUGGUGCCUAAAUGUAUGACUACUUGGAACAGGUUUAGCUGUGAAUGCCCUUGUAGUGAACCAAACCCAUUCUUUCAUCCAUGUGUCAACAAAUACUUAUUUCUGAACAAUGCUGCACCCCCAUGUACACCUGAGAAUCAUGAAUUAACAUCAGUAACUACAAUAAGAACAGUUGUAUCUUCCCUUCCCAAUUGUUAUGAUGCAACAUUUAUACUAAGCUCCUUAUCACCUGCAAUUACAACUCCAGCACCAGGAAAGACUCCUUUGUCAAGAACUAUCGGAUUAUCUGUUGGAAUUCCACUUGCAAUAUUGUUUUUAUCAAUUUUAUGUUUCUGGUGCUGUAAACCAAGCAAGAAAAAAAAGAUUGCUCAGCCGCCUGCCUACAAUGAAGCAAUCAAUGAUCAACCAGCUGUAAGUCCAGCUUAUGUUUCUGGAAAUUAACCAGCUUUACCUUUGCCUGAAGUUCAAGGGAUACAGAACCAUGAAGGGUGUAAUAAACAUACUAAUAUGGCUUAAAAUCUUGUUGACACACAUACAUUUUAGUGGUGUUACGAUACCAAUUGCCUGAAGUUCAAGGGAUACAGAACCAUGAAGGGUGUAAUAAACAUACUAAUAUGGCUCAAAAUCUUGUUGACACACAUACAUUUUAGUGGUGUUACGAUACCAAUUGUGUUUGUUAGUGUGUACCUUACUAUACUACCUACUUCUUUUAUAGCCAUUGGCUACAGAAUUUCUAAUCAGCAUGUUUAAAAGAUUUGAACAUAUUAUGCUCUGUAAGAAGUGAAAUCCAAGUAAUUUGUUUGUCUAAAAUUUUCAUUUGUUUUUUCAUUUGUUAAAAUUAGUUCAUCUUUAAACGUACUUUUGUAUAUAUAUUCAGUAUUGCGAAGUUCAUAUUUGUACAUUGAUAGUUUUUAAUUUCCAUAUGUAUGGUGUCAUCAUUCUGAUUAUAAACCGAGUUGCUUUUCUGCAAUAAACAACUAAAACCAUCUACUCAAAAAAGGGAACAAGGGAAAAUAUAAAUUCUGCGAGGCCGAACUGCCCAAGCGUAGUAGCGACCCGCGUUGAUUCGCAUGCGAGAGAGUGUUAGAGAAAGGGAAUUUAGAUGUCUGUAUUAAGUAGUUAUUGCAAUUGGCAAUCAGCAGCAA